AUUAUAAUUUGUCAAGUUCUUUUGUUCCACAAAAGACUACUUUGUCAUGGAUUUAUUUCCAUUCCAUUUGUUUGUUAUCUGUCGACACUAGUUCUGCGCGAUUUUCCAAUUUUUUUUAAUCAUGUCUUUGAGUGAAAUAGUUGAGAAUGUAAAGCAAGCACGAGAACUGGCUUUGCUUGGAAACUAUGAAAGUUCGUUAACGUAUUAUUCUGUUGGUCUUGCUCAACUUAAGAAGUUCACUGUUUCAAUUUCUGAAGCAAACCGAAAACAACAAUGGCAAACUGUACGGCAAGAGCUUACAGAUGAAUAUGAACUGGUUAAAGACGUCAACCAAACGUUGUCUAGUUUCAAAAUAUCUGAUGAUGACUCGGGUUUGAGUGCUUUUACCAGUCGCUAUAAUUCCCGUUCAACUGUUGAAGAGCCAACUAGAGACCCAGAUGUUUGGCCACCUCCCCCUCCUCUCGAACGAAGGCAUGGGAAUAGUUCUCAAAACGCUGGAUCAAAUAUUCAACCAAAUUCAGUUUCUAGCUCUUACUAUAAGCCACCUGUUGCUCAUGCUCCAGCUCCCCCUCCUCCAUCCGUUAGCUCAAAAUCAUCUAAUAAUACUGCGGGAUCAUUUCGUCGCAAUGUCAGGCCCAGUCCGACGAAUCCUCGAUCUAAGGGUACCACUCAAACCUCUGCAAAUAAUCGUCGUGUCAAAUCUGGAUCUCAACCUACUGGGGAUGCUACUACCACUGCUAACAAUAACAAUGAAGAUAAAUUUGAUGCUAGUGGAUACGACAAAGAUCUUGUGGAAACACUAGAACGCGAUAUUGUUCAACGUAAUCCAAAUGUUCGAUGGGAUGAUAUAGCUGCAUUAGAUGAUGCAAAACGUUUACUUCAAGAAGCUGUAGUUCUCCCAAUGGUUAUUCCGGGUUUCUUUAAGGGAAUACGUAGACCAUGGAAAGGGGUACUAAUGGUUGGUCCGCCUGGUACGGGCAAAACAUUAUUAGCUAAAGCUGUUGCAACAGAAUGUGGCACCACAUUUUUCAAUGUUUCCAGUUCUAGUCUAACAAGUAAAUGGAGAGGUGAAUCAGAAAAAUUAGUCCGUCUUUUAUUUGACAUGGCACGUUUCUACGCACCAAGCACAAUAUUCAUGGAUGAAAUCGAUUCAAUCUGUUCUCGACGUGGUGGUGAAUCAGAACAUGAAAGUUCUCGGCGUGUUAAAUCUGAACUUUUAGUGCAAAUGGAUGGAGUAACAGGAGCUACAGGACAAGAAGAGGACCCUACAAAAUCUGUUAUGGUUCUUGCUGCUACGAAUUUCCCUUGGGACAUUGACGAAGCUUUGCGUAGACGUCUUGAGAAACGAGUGUACAUACCACUUCCAAAUGGUAUGAUAUUUGUGUGAAGUAUUUGCCUUACAAUAUUAGGUUUUUCGAAUUUAUGUGGAAUUUCGCGGGUAAUUCAUUUUCAUCAUUCUUUACAACUUGGCCAGGCUCUGUUUAGAGUCUGUUACAUUAGAUUGCAUUUAUUUCUAUCUAUAUUCACUUUUUCCCAUUCUACCUAUCUUCUAGACUUGGACAUGUUAUCUAAUGUUCUGACAGUUUAUAUUUUUAUCAACCGAAUAUUGUCUUAUCAAUUGUGAUCAUCUUACAAUGAAUCUGUUCUAACAGUAUGAUGUUCGCGCUAAAUUAGUAUAUACCUUGUCAUUUUCAAAUGUUUCCAAGUGAUAGAUACUUUCUAAAAGCUAGUCUUAUUGGAAUCUAUAUAAAUGGGAAAGCAAACAAAUGUUAUACACAGGUAUAUUUCAAAUGUAUUAUGUGACAUUUUGAAAAGGCUCAACCUUUGGUAAAUCCCAUUUUCUAAAAUAUCUUGGCAAAGACAUUGGGAUGCCAUACCCUAAGGUGGAAUGUACAGUUUUAAAUGUUCGAUAAUUACAUGUCAACAAAUCUGAAAAUAGUAGUCAUUCUAAUAAGUUCUGUUCUAUAAAGUUGUAUAAAGUGAAAGUUUGUGUAUGUAAUCUUGAUCAUAAAGACUUAAACUUAACAUCUACAUAUACUUGGGAAUUGCCUUCAUCAUCAACCACAAAGCGAUUGAAAACCAAGGUUCAUUGUACAGGUGUUUUAGAUCAAUCUGAUUUAAUUCAACAGUUAUACUUGAUCCAUUAAAAAGUCUAACUCGUGAACUGCUAAUCUCAUCCUGAACAUGUUGCUAUCUACUCAAUAAGCAAUGAGGACUUUCUACGAAUUAAUGGUAUCUAUAUCAACUGCUAUAUUAAAAUACAUGACUUUAAAAUUGACAUACAGUUCGUUUCUGUGUUUGUUACUUUUUCAGUAAAUCUAUUGACUAAGUAUUUUACAAACUGUUUGAUUAAUAGUUAUAGUAAUCAUAAUGGUAAAAAUAUAUUGUCAUAAAUGAUUAUCUUCCAAAUGCUCUGGUACAGUUGAGGGUGGGGAAAGUUCUAUCUCCCUCUCGAUAUGCUCUUACACGAUCAUGCAUAUACAACCACUACCAGGGAAGUCCUACCCACUACCUUCUCGCAGCAUUACUGUUGUUUACGAAUUUUAGAGGACGAAAAGCGAAUGUCCGGCACUUUAACAAGGUUGGUGGAUAUGUAAGACCCACCUAACGGACUUACAAAACCCUAGUUCCAAACCAAUGGUGUACAUGGGCUCCAACAUCCUGAGAGAACAAAUGGCGUAUGAACCAAUUAUUUGUCAGCGGCUACCAUGGGAUUGCAUCUCCUGACAUUGCUCCACUGCCUUGUGGAUCAGAAAUUUAGGUCGAAGACUCCGAGUGGGGCUCCCUAAGAAAAACUACCUGCUUCGGUCUGGGCGCCUGGGCAGUAUCAUAACCCUCACACAAAUCAAUGAUAACUGCUACUAACCUCAUUGUUAUUAUGUGUCGCGUAUGUAUUUGAUAUCCCCGUGUACCAAUAUUUCUGCGUUCAAGUAAAUAAAUAAAUUUACGAGCAUUGUAAAGUGAGUAAAAACAAAGUGGUAACAAAUAAUUCGAGUUAAUAUGAAUAUUUUUGAUGGAGUUGGUAAUAGUAUCAGGCAUAAGAUGUAUAAAAAAUACAUGAUUCCAGUUGAUAUCGUUUUCUAGUACAGAAUUACUGACAGAAUAGACGUCUUAAUGGUCAUAGAUCCUGUAUGUAUAAAGUUGUUAUUAUUAAGUGAUGCAUGAUAAAAGUAGUCAGAUACGUCAAAAAGCCUAGAUAACCACGACCUUAUAUAUGUUUUCCAGUGGUAGAUAUCACAUUUGUACCAUGGAAAGUGUAUUAAACACUUUAAUCACUGAAGUUCAUUUCGGUUUACCACAUCCCAUUUAUUAUUGAAUGGUACUGAUUAUCACCGCGUAAAGUUGUAACUGGUUAAGAGACUACAACGUUUAGUUUCUUGAAGUGAACCACGUUAUUUAAUUGACAUUUGUUGAAUAGGAGAAAUGACGAGAAUCAUCUAAUCGUACAUUAGUUAUUUAAAUGAUUUUAUACUUUUGAACUGCUAUGUUUUGUUUAUUCAACAGAAUUCAUAAAAAUAAAUCUCAUUGACUCAAUGAUUUGUUGAGAUUCUUCCUAAUCUAUGUCGUCUUGAUUUUGAUUUACCUUAGUGACUGCACGCAAAACUCUGCUGCAAAUCAACUUGAAAGACGUUCCUUUAGCAGAAGAUGUUGAUUUAGACAGUAUAGCUGAACAAUUAGAUGGUUAUUCCGGUGCAGACAUAACGAAUGUAUGCAGAGAUGCUUCAAUGAUGUCUAUGCGACGAGCUAUAGAAGGACUCUCAGUAGAGCAAAUUAAAGGUCUUAAUACUGCUACACUUAAUCAGCCGACACGAAUGGCUGAUUUCGAAGAAGCAGUCGGUCGUGUGUGCAGAUCUGUUUCAGCCAGUGAUGUUGAACGGUAUGAGAAAUGGAUGACAGAGUUUGGGGCUACAUGAACCGCUGAUUUACGUUUACCGAUGUAGACUUAUACCAUUCGCACAUAUUUGAUUGGCUUAUCCAGGUUUUUACCUUGCAAAUAAAUGUACUUGAUUGUCAUAUCUCAAACCUACGUAUCUCAAAUCAUCAGAUUAUAUGGAUACUACAUGCAUGGCUCAAAUGACUGAAUAACUGAAUCCAGCCUUCCAAUUAAUUGCGCUUUACAAUUGAGGAAAAAAAUACAUCAAUUGCCAUGUUUUCUUGUUGGUUUACACUCGAACGUGUUGGUUCCCCUCUAUGCUUCCUACUCGUGAUGGAUAUUUUUUCACUUUACACUAGGUAGAAUGUUUUUGAUUUGAUAAAUCUUGUAUGUCUUUCAGUUGUCCAGAAAUAGGCUAAUACAAUCUUUGUUGAUAACUGUAUGGGUAUUUAUUAGCCACAUAUUCGUUCUAUAGAACUCCCCAGUGGAUUUAUUCUAUUGACUGUUUAUUUGAGAACCUGUGAAACAUCCCGACUGGGAACGGGAAAGCGAUAGUCGAUUCUGUAAUUUCCCUUUCUAAUUAGAUAACUCCUUAUGAGUUGUAAAUCGAUUGCGUAUCAUCGUUGUAAUUGCAAAUGUAAUCAUUCAACACAAUUUCAACG